AUUAACCAGAACAAGGAAGCAGGUUUUAGUUACUGACGUUGUCGACGAGGCCACUUGGUCUGAUAAUGGCUACUUUGUCAGAAAAAGCAGUAAAACAUAAGAGAUAUUAUGAAGAUGCAUUGCAAGAUAGCAAGAUCAUAACUGGAGUACUUGAGAUAUAUGAGAAAGAGCCAGAGAAGCUGUUAAAAGCAAAAAGAGCCAUCUUACAUCACAUAUGCCUAGAUAAAGAUCCAACCACUAAAGACGGUAGAUAUCAAGUAAGGAAAUUGGUGGACACAGAAUGUGACAUUCCACGCCAUGAUGAUGUUUUUAAGUUUGAAGAGGACCAAGAUAACCAGGACAGCACAGGAGGGAAUAGCAUUUGUGAGAUAGAAAAAGGUGGUACACACUCUGGAACCGCACCGGGGGCUGUAAUAGGCGCUGGGAUGACACCCAAUACUGCAACACCAAAAACUGAAAACCUAGAUAAGUUCCAUUACAAAAUAGGAACUGAAGAAAGCAAGCGCCUUGCCCUUUAUAUUGGUAUUAGAAACUUCAACAAAAGACGUGAAAUUGUAAUGGACGAUAGAAAGACGGAAUACGAUCCAGACAUGUACAGGGGAAAUGCAGAAAUAAUGGAUAGAAAAGAGUCGGAGAUAGUUUUGAAAGAUUUAGGUUUUACAUUCAAAAGCAACAAUGUAGAGAAAGAAACAACUAAAGAGGCUAUUGAAGUGCUCAUAGAGAAAGAAAUCAAUGAUGCAGCAAGCAGGAACGUUGGAAUCAUUAUUGUCAUGAUAAGCUCACACGGAGAGGAAGUCUUAGAGCGGAGUAAAAACAACAAAGAUGAAAACAUACUUCGUCAUCGCAUUCUCUUGGAAGACGAAUUUUUGUACACAGACGACCUUCUGAAUAUGUUUGAAAGGAAGAAUCAAUUAAAAGGCAUCCCCAAAUUAUUCUUUAUUCAAGCUUGUCGGUCGUCGAAAACAAGUGCUGACAAGAAAGACGUAGAUGAAGGAGUGGAAAUUUCGGUUAAAGCAAGACAGCCAGCUGAAACAGAGAAUGAUAAGAUGAAAAACCAUACCGUUGCUCUUGAGAAAGAUGAGAGCCUGCCUGAUGCAACUCCGAGAUUUCCUAUCGCUUUAAUCUCACCUCUACCGAAGAAUUGGCAAGAACCUACCGUUCAAAGUGGACCUCCAGCAAAAGCAGAAGACACCGAGCUUGAAGUGCGACUCACGAAGACAGGCAAAAUACAAAGCAGACCUUUUGGUGAGCAAUCAAUACAAGCGGCUAAUGUCAACACAACAAAACCUCCUGAUGAGACAACCGUUAAGACUAUUCCACAGCUGGAAGAAAUCCAGUCUAUAUCUUGCAUCGAAGACAGUUUAGUCAUGUUCGGAUCAGCCCCAGGAAAAACCGCAUUCAGAGAUAUCCAUCAAGGUGGAUGGCUGAUGAUGCCAUUGCAUAAAAGCCUUAAAGAUUGGAGGUCAAAUCCUGACCAGGACUUAUUACAG